AUGGCAUUCUUGGAGCGUAAUUUGGAGCAACUCACCAAUGUGCAAAAGCAGCUUGUUGAGCAAAAUUCGUCAUUGAAGAAGGAAGUUGCUCUUGCAGAGCGCAAGCUGAUUGCUCGUAAUGAGCGUAUUCAAAGCCUGGAGACUCUCUUGCAAGACGCCCAAGAGAAACUGAUCAAUCAAAACCAGAAAUUCGAAGCACAACUCCAAGCUGUCCGUGAGCGUCUUGAACAAGCUCGCUCUCAAAAAUCUCAAAAUUCCAUGGCAUUGAACUUUGGUCGUGUCGCUAAACCUCUUCGUGGUGGUGGAGCUGUUGUUGAGAAUGGUGAAAACUCGCCUACUUCACCCACUGAGAAGCGUGAUAAGCGUAACUCUUGGAUUCCUGGCUUUAUGGGAUCCAGAUAG